AUAAUGGCAGCAAAAGCUGUAGCAAGUACUCUGAGAACAUCCCUUGGGCCCAAUGGCUUGGAUAAAAUGAUGGUGGACAAAGAUGGUGAGGUGACAGUGACAAAUGAUGGCGCUACCAUUCUGAAUAUGAUGGAUGUGGAUCACCAGAUAGCCAAACUUAUGGUGGAGCUGUCAAAAUCUCAAGAUGAAGAGAUCGGAGAUGGGACUACUGGUGUCGUUGUCCUGGCGGGGGCGCUGCUGGAGCAGGCGGAGCAGCUGCUGGACCGCGGCAUUCACCCCAUCCGCAUCGCGGACGGCUACGAGCAGGCGGCCCGCAUCGCCGCCCGGCACCUGGACAGCAUCAGCGACAGCUUUCCCGUGGAUCCCCACAACACCGAGCCGCUCGUCCAGACCGCAAAGACAACGCUGGGCUCCAAAGUAGUUAACCGUUGCCACAGACAAAUGGCAGAAAUCGCUGUAAAUGCUGUACUGACAGUAGCAGAUAUGGAGCGUAAAGAUGUUGAUUUUGAGCUGAUCAAAGUACAGGGAAAAGUGGGAGGUAGACUGGAAGAUACACAGUUGGUUAAAGGAGUGAUUGUGGAUAAAGAUUUCAGUCAUCCACAGAUGCCUAAAGAGCUCAAAGAUGCUAAAAUUGCAAUCCUUACUUGUCCGUUUGAACCACCUAAGCCUAAAACCAAGCAUAAGCUUGAUGUGACUUCUGUUGAAGAUUACAAGGCACUGCAGAAGUAUGAAAAGGAGAAGUUUGAAGAGAUGGUGAAACAGAUAAAAGACACUGGUGCAAACCUUGCUAUUUGCCAGUGGGGUUUUGAUGAUGAGGCAAAUCAUUUGCUGCUCCAGAAUGAGCUGCCUGCUGUUCGCUGGGUUGGUGGACCUGAGAUAGAACUGAUUGCCAUUGCGACCGGAGGACGCAUCGUUCCUCGCUUCUGCGAGCUGACGGCGGAGAAGCUGGGCUUCGCGGGCGUCGUCCGGGAGAUCUCCUUCGGGACCACCAAGGACAGGAUGCUGGUCAUUGAGCAGUGCCAGAAUUCCAGAGCUGUCACCAUUUUCAUUAGAGGAGGAAACAAAAUGAUUAUUGAGGAAGCGAAGCGGUCCCUGCACGACGCGCUGUGCGUCAUCCGGAACCUCGUUCGGGAUAACCGCAUCGUGUAUGGCGGUGGGGCAGCGGAGAUUUCUUGUGCCUUGGCAGUCAGUGAAGCAGCAGAUAAGUGCCCAUCUUUGGAACAAUAUGCUAUGAGGGCUUUUGCAGAUGCCCUGGAGGUAAUUCCCAUGGCGCUGGCAGAGAACAGUGGGAUGAACCCCAUACAGACCAUGACUGAAGUGCGGGCUAGGCAAGUGAAAGAAAACAACCCUGCACUCGGCAUUGACUGCUUGCAGAAGGGAACAAAUGAUAUGAAGCAGCAGAAUGUUAUAGAAACCUUGAUUGGCAAGAAACAGCAGAUUUCUCUGGCAACUCAGGUUGUUAGAAUGAUUCUGAAGAUCGAUGAUAUCCGUAGGCCUGGAGAAUCUGAAGAGUGAAGGCUGGAAAGCAAGGACCAUCGAGGGGGCCUGGGCAGUAGCGAAGAUGGUAGUGUUCUGAUGCUUCCUCUUCAGCUGUUUAUUUCAGACACUGUUUCAGAUACUGUAAUGGCUAAUUGUUGGAAAUAAAACAGUUUAGCAUUGGUGGUUUCAA